UUAUUCAGAGCAGACAAGUCCUGUUGUGAAAGCAAGCAGCUGCCUGCCACUUGCAGUAUACUCCUGCUCUGCUGGCAGCACAGUCCCUUGUGCUGCCACUCGUUUCAGCAAACAUUUUUUGCUGCCAUAAAGUCACGGACACCCCUGAUUCAUACGACACCAGAAUGGAGGUAUCUAAAGAACUGCAUAUGGAUGCUGAUCCUGGAGAGAGGACUGCAGAAGUCAGCAGACAAACACACGACACCUCAUCGCAACCAUCAACCUAUGAAAACAGGAUUCCAGCGCUGGAGAGCUCAUAUUGUGAAAUGAAUCAAAGGCUGUUGUGGCUAGAAGAACAAGCAGCGAAGAAAAAGGCCUGGUAUAACUCUGUUGAAACUCGACUGGAGUCACUGGAGAGCUACCAUAGGCAGUUUACUGCACCUGUGAAUUACAACAUACAGAAGAUUAGCAGUGAUUCUCAUCCUUACCAGCAGGGACACAGGAACUAUCAGGAAGCAUUUUCUGUAGAGGUCACCCAAAAAGACCUGGUGAAAGAGAAUGAGAAGCUGAAAAAAGAGGUCACAGAGCUAGAGAAAAGAAACAAAGAGCUCUUGUCUAAAGCGAUGGGCAGGCACAAGCAGUCUGAGAACAUGAAUGAUGAUUCGCGUCUGUCUGCUGUGCUGGGCAUGUAUAAUAUGCUCAAGCUACAAGACUGGGAAAAAUUAAGGCAAAACAUGACCAAUUUGACAAAUAAAGAUGGCAGCAUCAUGAUUAAGAAGCUGUUUGUUGCCUGUGAGACACAUAUCCAGGACACAAUAGCUAAAGUAAAUGAAGUUCUUGGCAUUACACCUUUGGAUGAUGCUACGAUCGACAGCGACCAGGGGGUGAUGCAUUAUAUAAGAAAUAUCCUCAGGCAUUCUCACUACAAAAACCAACUAGAGUUUUACAGCAAAAUUGUCACGCACGCUGGCAUUGUCCCAAGAACCGAAAUUGAAAAGGUGUUCACACUGAAGUGCUGCCAAGUUUAUUGUUUGCUGUUUCUUCAGAACCCACCGGUUAAAGCUGAGUGGAAAACAGAGGGAAGCACAGUAAAACAUUUAGAGCACCUCAAUUGGAAAGAAGCGAAAAACUGGAAAAGCCCAGCGUUACUGUGGCCCAUAAUGAAACGUGGGGAAGAAGUCGUUGUGAAAGGUGUAGUCUGGGAUUAAAAGUAGCAUGACUUCAGUCAAGCUACUCAUUUACAUGACCACAAGAUGAAACAGCUGCUGCACAAUAUGCUGCUUUUCUUUCUCCUGUGAACUGCCUGCUUUACAGAGUUAGUAAGUUAGACGCUCAGGGCUUGGGGCUCCUAGGAUAAAUCAUUAUUUGCAAACUCACUAAAAAUUGAAAAUGCUUGCCUCAGUAGCAUACAUAUAUUUCAUGUAACAUUUCUUUUUUGCUGCCUCUUAAGCAGCAUUUGUGUGGAAAGAGAAUCUGUAUUUCUAGCCUACCUUACCUGCUCUUCACAAAUGCUUAUGACACUGUCAGGUAACAGGUUGGAUCUCAGCCACCUCACUUGCCUCCUUACCAACAGCCAGUAGUAGGACCAACGCUUUGCAGGACCCCUAACAGCAGUGGUAUCUUUGCCCUCCCCUGCUUCCUAUAGCAGGUGCACAAACUGUAGGCUCAUGUUUUCCACUUCAGCAGCGAGGCUGAAGAUGGCCUGUUGGGAAGCAGGCAUCCUUCUUGAGUAAAAAUGACCUUACCUGAGAAAACAGAUGAAGGCACUAAAAGACAAGGUUCACAAAAGCUACAAUGGUCUUUCAGAAGGCAGAUGUGCAUAGGUAUGUGUACCCAGGCGCAGACACUGAGGCCCACUCCUACAUGCCAAAAGGCCACUUAUCUUAACACAAAUGCCUCCUGCCUGUUAGUACUCAGCUGCUUUCCCAUGUCCGCACAAUUUACCCUUCAGCUCAUACCUGCCACAGCUCUUAAUCAAAGUGCUCUGAAAGGUUUAUUUCACAGCAUAAGGGGGAUGUGAUGGGGCAAAAAUAUGCUUCUGUGCUCAUGUAACAAAAUGUUCAGUGAGAAUCUUGAGAUCUGCCAAAUAUAAUAGACUGGAAAUCCU